GCGAGCCAGACUGACACGCGCUUGAUUCCAUUCUUCUGCACUUCAGGAAAUGAAUUGGUCGUGAUUGUGAUGGGUUUUGUUAUUGUAUCGUUUGUUACAAAGAGGCAUUGAGUAAUAUUGUUGCUGAUAGAAAACAGUUGAACUGCGCAGAGUUCAGCUCAGUCGAAGCAGGAGCAAGGAGAGGACAGAAAGCCGAGGGAGCGGUGUGGGCUUUAGUAUGUUUCAACCGAUCGCCAAUCGCCAAUUUCACCGGUAGGACUCAUGGUUAGGAGAAAGAAGACGUCGCCUACUUCUGAAGAGCUUGAAAAUGGCAUGACACCGGGCUCCAGGGAGGGGAUCGGUGUCGAUGGGAGGAGGAAUCCGUCCAGAAAGCCCGAAGGUUGCGACGAGGAGGAGAACGGAGAGCAGGCGAGCGAGGAGCGCAGUACAAAGGGAGACGACCGAGUGGAAAUUCUUAAUCCAUCAGCCCCGGGUCUCAGCUCCGGUUCUGCCCCGGUCCUGCCCGCCGCUCUGCCGAACCGAACCGGGCUAGGCACGAACCAGCAGUCCCAGAACUCGGCAGAACCCGCCCCUCCGUGUCACGACCAGCAUCAUUUUCUACGAUCCAGCGUUCGACCUCCGAGCAAACGGAUACGGAAGGAUUCCGUCGGCUCGGCCAUCAAUGGACAUGGCGGGGCAAAAUCGAAAGGGGCAGAAAAUGGAUCUUCAUCAUCCCAAGCGGCUGUGGGACAGUCGGGGCCCGUGGCCAGCUCCACAGCAGGAGUGUCCAAAGCAUCCAAAGGCCAAGGGUCUGCUGAAAAGGAGGAGCAGGCAGGAAACCAGAAGAGAGCUCGUCGGCAGUGGGAGUCGUGGAGCGCGGAGGACAAAAACAGCUUCUUUGAGGGGCUCUAUGAGCAUGGAAAAGACUUUGAAGCAAUCCAGAACAACAUUGCAAUGAAGUAUAAAAAGAGAGGCAAGCCAGCCAACAUGGUGAAGAACAAAGAGCAGGUCCGCCACUUCUACUACCGCACCUGGCACAAGAUCUCCAAACACAUCGACUUUGCCAAUGUCUACUCCCGCGUGUUGAAGAAAUCCUCUCAAGAGCUGUAUGGGCUUAUCUGCUACGCGGAGCUCCGUAAAAAAGUUGGAGGCUUAAUGGACGACAAGAACGUGGCAAAGCUGAAUGAACUCAUCCAGCAAGGAGCCACCACUGUGCGUUCCAAGGGGAGGAACCUGCGAAUCAAAGCACCCAUGUGUCGAGCUUUGAAGAAACUUUGCGAUCCGGAAGGCGUUAGUGAUGAAGAGGACCAGAAACCCGUCCGUCUACCCCUGAAGGUGGCGGUGGAGCUCCAGCCCCGCAGUAAUCACUCCUGGGCCCGUGUUCAGAGCUUAGCCCACAACCCUCGCCUAAGGAUGGUGGUGGAGCUUCACAGGAAAGUCUCCAGCCUCAUUGAGUAUCUUAAACAGAAGUGGGCCCACCAAGACCAGCGGAUUCUGAAGAGUCUCAUGGAGAGGGAGGCUCUGGAGGGCAGCCAGUCCAGCGCAGCAUCUCCCAGCAAAGCUCAGCCGGAGGAGCUCUUUCUUUUCCCCGCCGAGAACAGCACCCUGACGACGCUGCCUGGUGUGGCGCGGGUGGUUCACUCCAAAGCCUCCUGCACUGUACACUGGCUAGAGAGUGGCAAGAACAGACCCAAUGCCAAGGAGCUGCCUGCUGCCCAGAUUCUGGGCAUCCAGACAGCGCCGGCCCCUCGGGGCGGCAGUAAGGCCGGGCGAGCAAGCGGCGCUGUGGCCGGCGCCUCAGUGACUGUGACGGGCGAAACCCGUCGGCCCGAACCUUCCAACCAAGAGCCAUUACCGGACAGCUCCGCAAAAGUUGAGGACAAGAGGCCUCCGUCUGUUUCGGUCUCCUCUCAGCAGAGUGCAGCCUUCAGAGAAGAGGGAAUUGGGACGGGCUCCUCCGAGGCUGGCAGGUCCUGCGCCGGUGCGGAGGCUAACAGCAGCGGCACGCCGCUGGUCAAAAGCUCCGAGAAGGUCUGCAGCAGCCCGCCAGAGCCGUGCAAAGAGGAGCCCACCACCAGCACCUCCUCCCCUGACGUCACCCCCAACCCUCCGGCCAAACCUCCGGGGUUCGGCCCGGAGGAGGGCGUGCUGCAGGGCUCUGCCCCGCCAGCCAAAGAACGCACCGUGGAGCAGAUCAGGGAGGAGGGCUGGAGCGCCCGGGAUGCGGAGACCGUCACCCUGGCUGAGCUGUACUUGAUGUCCGGGAAGCCGGGAAAGCUGCAGCUCGAGUACGAGUGGCAGCCAAGCGACGCUCCCCCCAGCAGUCGAGAAAACGGCCAAGCCACAACCCAGCCCCGGCCCAGCAGGACAAACCGAGUGCUGCACUGCCUGCUCAAGCUGGUGUCUACCGAGGUCAACCCCAAACCUUUGGCUCCAGAGAUGUGCUCCACAGCCACGUCGCCCCUAAAGAGUCACCAGGAGGAGCAGAGCCAGGCCCUCACGCCUCCCGGGAAGGCUCCCGUGGCCGGUGUGCGCAGCCCCAGCUGUGGCCGGCAGCAAGCCUCUGUCCGAGUGGCCAGGGCGCACCCACCAAACUCCAGUGCCUCAGGUGGGCGUAACCUUCCUCGCUCUCUCCUGGUGUCGACUGCAGGCAGCGAAUCAGAGGGCAGCGUGUUUGCCGUACCCACCACACUACCCCCCAACAGCUCUCGACACAACAGAAUGUUCUCCCCCAACAAGGAGGCCCAGCUGGCCUUCAGACAGCAGCUCGACUCCAUCAGUAUGCAGUCCGAUCUUUUCCUCUCCAGGCAAAGAAAACCUCGGAACAGACAGCUUCGAAAACCUCUCGUAGUUCAGCGGACACUGCUGCCCAGGACUACAGGGGACACUCCCCAGCACGUCUGCUCCUUCUCCAUCCUCUCCAACUCCUCGGCCACAGGAACCGGAUCUUUCCGGCCAAUCCACACUCGCCUGACUCCUUCCUCCCGCCCCCCCCCUGACCAAAACCUCCCUCUCGGCGUCCAGCUCUGCAGCUGUCAGCCAGCUCUCCAGUGCCAUUGACCUGGCAGCUAAGUCUGCAGGCAUCAUCCCUAGCAGUCCUUCUCGGGAACAAGACUCUCCUUCUGUAGAUAACCGCGCCGUUCUCGCCACACCCAUUGUGGACGCUGCUCCCGACCCCCAACUUCUGCAACAAAAUAUCCCAGAGACUGGUCUGCCCCCGCCGUCUCCUGGAGUUACUGGUGGCGGAGACUCGCUCCUCUCUCCACCCAGCGUCGCCUCACUCCUUGACAUCUCUCUGCCAGGUCCCCCUGAAGAGGCUCUCACCCCCGGAGAACCUCAGACUCACAUCAGUGACUCCAUCAUCGAGCUUGCCAUCAACUCAACACACUACGGUGAGGAGGCGGCUCUGUCACCCGCUAAGCUGGGCAACGGUGACCACUCCAAACUGCUGGCCUCCUCUCCCUCCGUGAGCCCAUCCAGGGGCUGGAUCCCGUCGCCCAGCCAUGACCCCCAGUGGUACCCCAGCGACUCGUCUGACUCCACCCUGGGAUGCCUCCUCUCCAGUAUGGUGUCUCCUGAUAAGGGAAGGCGAACCGCCCUAACCCCCUCCGGCCCCUCCAGUGGAACAGCUCUGCUUGGUCCAAGCCUAUUGGACUGCAAUUCCCAUGAUUCCUUCCAAUCCCGUGGCCUUCCUGAUGUGGCGGAGAUGGACUCUCAGCUGGCCUGCAUGAUGAGCGAGAGCAGCGUGGACUACAUCGCUCGCUUCAAUGACCUGGCUCAGGAGCUGGCUGUGACCGAGCCCUCCAUCCCCCCGCCCUGAGGACCUCCGCCACCAGAAGGACACGCCAACGCUAAAAGGGAGAGGAGGACUCAAGAGGCGGAGAAGGUCCAGCCUCCCCAGAACCACCCCUGCCCCGUUUGUAAAAGUGCAAUAAUGACGGUGAACCGUGGCCAUUAUUAAAGGAAGUUGGUUUCACUGAACUGUUCAAGGUAAAAAGUCCUUUAAAAACUAACACUUCAGACGAAUAAAUGGGUUUACAAAACACAACCUCAUGUACAGGAAAAUACUAUGCCAUAUCUGAACAAAAUAUUUUUAACAGUCUUAUGUCUUGUCCUGCUUUUUCCGUGUGUAUGCGUGUGGGAGUGUGUUGAUCUGAUUUCUCUCAAAAGGGCCCCCCCCACCACCCCAUCCCCAAAACUGUAUAAAUCUGCAAAAGAAAAAGUUCAGUUUGGGUUUUAUUGGCUAAAUUUGAACCGAGCGUGAUUUGAAUUUGGAUUUUACAGCCGCACACAGAACGGCAGCUCAAAGUAGCCCGGAGUUUUCUCUGUCCCCACCACUCACCUUAAACCUCUCUGAAACAGCAGUAGAAACAGAAAAAGCUUCUGUGUUCAUUUUGUUUAUAUAAAGACAUUGAUUUUUUUUUAUUUUUAUGAAAAGUUUCUUUCUUUUUUUUUACAAUUAUCUUUAAAUAUGAAUUUUUCUCAUAUUUAACUUCUAUAGCAGCUAUUUGGAUCUUCUUUCCAACAUGUGCUCUUUUUAAAGAACAAAAAUAUUUUAAACAUGCUAAAAGUAAUUUUACACAUAAAAGUGUUCUGAAGAAUGUAACAAAGCAAACACUAAAGCCAUGCUUGACUCGGCUUGUUUUCACUUUUCCUUUAACUUCUGCUUUCAUUCUUUGAAAAAAAAAAAUAAUCCAACAACAAUAAUUCACUUUGACUAACGUUGGAUUAUUUACAACAAAACAAAGAAACACUAUAGCUAAUGUCAGUGUGAUUGGCUUCUAAACAGUUCAGGUAGUGAGAUUGCAGACAAAAGUUUCAAUAAAGGAAACUUAUUUAAACACGCUUGAAUGGGAACGCAUGUAUUCACAGUUACAAGGAACGAGCAGACGCAGUAAUCAGUGGAAACUGAUGGCUCCUGCCAUCGCCCACAAAUGGGGUCAGAAGAAUUAGCCUUCCUGACCAUCACCCUUAAAAAUAAAAUAAAAACGCUUCACUCUCUCACAUUAGAUUCUUAACAGAGAAUAAAUGGCAGGUUUUGUCUUUGACUCCAGCAGGUUUGUCUUUUUCUGUAGAAGGAUUUGUGUGUACAAAUGGCAAUUCUGACGUCCAAUGCACUUGUGUAACAUAAUGUAAAUUGUUAUUUGGACUAUUUAUUGUUAACAUUUCUGGACAAAAAAGUGUUUUCUGUUUAACUUAAUUAAGGUGACAAGUCAAAAGAAAAAAAAACCUGUUUUAGGUUUUCAGUUUGUAAAAGGUGUUUUUAAUUCUG